AAAAGAAAAUGAAUAAAAUCGAAAUACCCAAAACCGUAAAUCCCGAUCUGGCAAUUGAACGUAAAAAUGCCAGCUUCAAUUCGGAUGAAAUGGCUGCGUUCUUUUGGGGACGCAAGGAAAUUGUUGAUAUGAAACGAAUGAUUGAAGAGGAGUUGUACAAUGACUUGGACGAUCCUCUGGAUCAUGAAUUUGCUUCGUAUGAAGAAAUGGCCUCGAUGGCUGUUAAGCAUGCCGUCAAGGCCACCAAUAAAUUGAGAGCUAUACAGGAACGUUUGCAUCCAGGUGGUUCGGAAGUUUAUCCAACCCUAAUGGGCGGUCCAAUUGGUACUGCUUUAAUGCCUGCUGGCAAUCCCUUGGCCGUUCAUCUUGUCAUGUUUACCCGUGCUCUGCGGGGUCAAGGUACUCCAGAACAAUAUGAGAAAUUUGGUCGUCGUGCAGAUAAUUGUGAAAUUAUUGGCACUUAUGCCCAAACGGAAUUGGGUCAUGGUACAUUCUUGCGUGGUUUGGAAUCACGGGCUGAUUAUGAUCGCAAAACCGAGGAAUUUGUGUUGAAUACACCCACUUUGACAGCGUAUAAAUGGUGGCCAGGAGGAUUGGGUCAAACCUGUAACUAUUGCAUUUUUGUUGCCCAAUUGUAUAUCGACAACGAGCCCAAGGGUAUACAAAUGUUUGUGGUGCAGGUGCGUGACGAAGAGACCUAUAUGCCAUUGCCGGGUGUGCAUGUUGGUGAAAUUGGCAAAAAAUUGGGUAUGAAUGGUGUCAACAAUGGUUUCUUGGGUUUGAAGAAUUAUCGUGUGCCCCGCACAAAUAUGUUGAUGAAAAAUCAACAGGUUCUGCCGGAUGGCACCUUUAUUAAGAGUCCUGUUUCACAGCUCUCGUAUUUCCCCAUGGUAUAUGUACGCUGUAUGGUUGCCAUUGGUAAUGCCUUGAUGUUGGCUCAGGCUGCCACCAUUGUGACUAGGUACUCCGUGGUAAGACGUCAAAGUCCCAUUGAGGAGGGUCAACCCGAACCCAAAGUCUUGGAACAUAUGACACAGCAAAUGAAAGUAAUUCCGGAAAUUGCCACCGCAAUUGCCUAUCGCUUGGCCGCUGGCAAUUUACAUUUCAUGUACAAUGAAACCGCACAGGCAAUUAAUCGCAAAGAUUUCUCACGUCUUCCCGAACUACAUGCUUUGGCUUGCAUCCUUAAGGUGUCAUGUUCUUAUGACUCAACAUAUGGCAUUGAACGUUUGCGUCAGGGUUGUGGUGGUCAUGGUUAUUUGACAGCGGCCAAUUUGGGUAAUAUUUUUGCUAUGUCCACAGCUGCCUGCACCUAUGAGGGUGAAAACUCCGUACUGUAUUUGCAAGUGGGAAAAAUCCUUAUGAAAGUUUGGGCUGAUGUUUUGGAGGGUAAACAGCUAAUGCCCACCAUGGCUUACUUUUCGGAAUGCACCAAGGCAGCACAUUUCCCUCAGUGGACUGGCACCUGGGAUUGUUUGGUGAAGGCAUUGCAGUUUGCUUGUGUGGGUGCCACCCGUGUUGCCUACAGAAGUUAUUCCGCCCGCUUGAAGGAGGGCCAAAGCCAACCUGUGGCCGUUAACAAUACCGGCUUGGAGCUGACAAAGGCCGCUGAAUUACAUGGCCGUGUCUAUGUGGCCUCGAAUUUCUAUGAAGAGGUUACCAAUGGAACCACAAAGCACGAACGUUCCCCAGAAUUUCAAAAGGUCUUGGAAAAUCUCUUGGAGCUGCAUUUGAUUCAGACCUUCUUCCGUCAUCUGGGUGAUAUUUUGAGAUUCGUGCCUGUUAGUGAAAAUGAAAUUUCCGCACUGCAAGUUCGUUUGGAGGAGGUACUCAAGCGAUUGCGUCCCGAUGCGGUGGCCAUUACCGAUGGUUUUGAUUUUCACGACAAAGUAUUGAGUUCAGCAUUGGGCUCCUAUGAUGGUAAUGUCUAUGAACGGUUGUUUGAGGCUGCUCUCAAACAUCCGCUGAACAAGAAACCAGUACCCGAUUUCUUUGGCAAAUAUUUGAAACCCUUUAUGCAGGAAAAUGCCCGAAAAUCGAAAUUGUAA